AUGGCUUCCCGAAAUAGAGUUCUGGCGCAGAGCACCUUGUGGCAUUUUCACCCGGUAAAAAUGCAGAAGGCCUUGCAGUCUUCACUUGGAUAUGCUUCCAACAUGUUCCAACAAGUUCCAUGGGUCAAACACGUGUUACAGGAACAUGUGGAGGAACAUCCGGCUUGGACCUGGGAGUCUCAUCUUCAGCACCCAUUGGCCUUUAUCGCACCGUCCAAGUCCUGCAGCCCAAAAGCACAGAUCCAUGCAGAGUAUGUAGGUGAUACCAGGCAGGUGGUCAAGACACGGCGAAUCCAAAGGCAGGUUCUCAGAAGAAAUGGUAUGAUCUGGUAUGGUUCACUGACCAAGUGCACGUUUCCCAGACCCACUUAA